UACUAUUACUCACCUCACACUCCACCCAUUUGACUAUACUAGGGAUCUUGUCAUUAUGCACACCAUUUAUUAACUACUUCAGUCCAGUUUUCAUAGAGCAUAGUCCUUGACAUCACUCAGCCACAGAGAUGAAUAACCAAAGAGAACUCUACUCAGAACUGAAUGUGGUUAAGGAUUCAAGGGGACAGCAAAUGAAACCUAAGGUCAUUAAAAGCUCCAUUUCAGUAGCUGAACAAGAAAUAACUUACGUGGAAUUUAGCUUUCAAAAUGCUUCUCAGGAUCUUCCAGGGGAAGAGAAGAACGAACACUGCAAAGGUUUACCAUCACCUCCAGGGAAGCUCAUUGCUGGGAUCCUGGGACUCAUCGGCCUUGUCCUGCUCUGCAGUGUGGUAACAAUGAUAGCUGUUAUUCCCUCUACUGUACCUCUGGAGCAGAACGAUUCAUCCCUGAUAACAAGGAAUCAGAAAGCAUAUCAUUGUGGUCGUUGUCCAAAGGAGUGGAUAACAUAUUCCAACAAUUGCUAUUACAUUAGCAUUGAAAGAAAGGCAUGGAAUGAGAGUUUGACGGACUGUGCUUCUAAGAACUCUAACCUGCUUUAUAUAGAUAAUGAAGAAGAAAUGAAUUUUUUGAACUCCUUCAGUGUUUUUUCAUGGAUUAGACUCUUCCACAGAAACAAUAAUAAUUCAUGGGUGUGGCCAAAUGACUCAACUUUCUCUUCCAAACUAUUCUCAAUAUCUUCAGAGGGGGAUAAGAAAUGUGCAUUCUUGGAUUUUCCUGAAAACAGACUGUCUUCUGCAUCCUGUUUAGAUAUAAAAAUAUACGUUUGUAAGCACCAGGCACUUUACCUUAACUAAAUUUGGUAUAAUGCUACUCUCACCGUCUAUAAUAAACAUAUUUGUCAUUUCUUCAAAAGCCAUACAACUAUUUUCCUAGAGCUAAAUUUUAAGAUACUAUUUUUUAGAGUAGUUUUAUGGUCAAAGCAAAAUUAAGAGGAAGGUAGAGAAAUAUCCCAUAUGCCCCUUGUGCAUAGCCUCCCCUCACACAUGCAUAGCCUCCCCUGUUAUCAACAUCACUCACCAGAAUGGACAUUUGUUACCAAGGAUGACUCCACAUUGAUGUAUCACAAUCACCUAACGUCCAUAGUUUGUCUAAGGCUUCACCUUUUGUGUUGUAGAAUUAUUUUUAAAUCUUUGUGUCUAUUAAUUUUCAAAAUAUAUACCCAGGUACAUAUUAUAUAUUUUUUAAACUUUUGUUAUUUAUUAAAACAAUUGAUGUACAAAUCUCAAAACAUAAUAUCAAGAACUGUUAUUUCUAAGCCUUGAUAAGCUGAAUAAUUCCACUCAUAUUUUCAAAUUAAUUCAUUUGUCCUAGCCCUUGAAGGUGUUGAAAAUGCGUAUUCAACAACCCAAAGUGGUAAAGUGCAUAAGUCAGAGUCGAGCCAGGAGACGGAAACCAGGAGAAGUUUGAUGUAAAAAAUUAUUAACUAUUUGUAGGGGAUAGCCUAGUAAGAGGGAGUAAAAGAAAAUUACAUAGACUGCCUUAGGGUUAAAGGAGAGUACGCAAAGGAGGAAUCACUUUGCAGCCAGGUCUACUCACUGAGGUUGGGUUUCAGACAUCACUGCAGACAGUGUGUCUGCAGACAGCUUCAUGGCACUCGUGUUCACUGGCUUGCCCUGGGACAGAGUGGUUCCUCAGUCAGUGGGUGAGGAUGGAUCUCAGGCUGUGACUGGGAAGAAGGAAGACCUCCCUACCAGAGUGUCAGCAAGCAGAGGCUGGAGGGCAAGGAACUAUGACUGGGACUGGACACAAAACUUGCUGGAGAGUGAAUACCACAGGACUUCCUGCACUCAUGCAGCUGGAAACAGCACCAUAGCAGCCAAAGGAGAGAAAACACCAUGAAACCAGGAAGAAGAGCCCCUUUUCCUGCAGUGUCUCUCCAGUGCCUUUUACUGACAAAACAGCAUGUGAGCCUACAAGGAAGAAAAGUUUACAGGAUCUAGCUCCAUUAUCUCAGAACAGGGCAAUGAGUCUUAGAUUUGGAGCUGAGAGUAAUAAAUUGCUUAUUAGCACUCAAGGUUACUAUGCAAAACAACAAGAUUGUUGUAUAAGAACAAUUUGAAUCUGCCCUACUUCCUCCGAGAAUGGAACCUAUUUGCAUGUUCUGAGUCUGUUUUAGUUUAGCAUUAUCAAUGAUUAGAUUUAUUUUUGGUGGAGGUUGGCAUUUUCGUUUGGUAAUAAUUGAUGUCUGCUGAUAUUUUUUACAUGUCUGUUUUUUACCUCCACUGGAUAUCAGAUAUUUUGGAAGGUAUCAUGUUUUACUAAAUUUUCUAUCUCUCCCCUUCUGUCACUGCUUAUUAGCAUGGUUAGAAAAUACUUUCAUGGAAAAAAUAAAAUGUUAAUGAAGAAAACAAGAAUAAGUGGAUAAAAAUAUUUGUGUGGGUCAAACUACUAGUUAUUGACAGAAUUUGAGAUAAACUUUAGUAACUUGACAAUGAUUCAGAGAUAUUUCUACCUAAUUCAAUUACAAGAGGGAGAAAGCUUACACUUGAUUACUAUUUAAAAAAUAAAUUAAUAUUUCAUACACAUUUAUCUCUUUUAAUAUAUAUAUAUUCAUUAUACACUCUAUAUUUAUUCCUUGUAUUCAAGUAGAGAAAAUAUAUGACUAUUCAAAAUUAAUUUCAUAUAAUAUGUUAAUGGUAGAUGUAACUAAUUGCUAAAGUUGUGUUACAAAAACCCAAGACAGCAUUGACAUUUAAAAAUAAGAAGUUAUUUCUCAUUAAGCCAUUUGUGGUUUGGCUGGGUUUCAGUUGAGGUAGCCUGGGCAUAAAUGGCUUUGGCUUAGACCACAG